GUGGUGUCCCUUAACACGGUGUCAUGAAGCGGUUUGGGUAGUAGCGGUGUGGCGGAACCGCGGAAUCAUGUCGCCGCCGCCGAGGUAGGGUUUAGGGGUUUUUUGGGAUUUCGAUCGAGAAUCUCCUCGAUCUUCGUCGCGCGACGAGCAGAUGUGGAGGUCGCGGUGGAGGAAUUGUAGGAGGGGAAUCCGGUGGCUAUCCUCCGCCACUUCUGCUGCCGUCCGUGGCCAUCUGGCUGAUGAGGGAGACUGGUCCUACGUCUCAGAAUGGUGGAGCGACGGCGGCGAUACCGUCUUUCGAUCCGUCUCGGAUCACGGAAACGGCGUCGUCUCCGUCGUCGCCUACCCUUCGUCCCGACCGCCUGCAGAGCAAUUGCCUGCUAUAGAAAGAUCAAUUCAACAAAGGUAUGAGAAACUCCAUCCAGAAUCCGAACAUGAUGGAAGGCUUAAGAUUCUUGGUUAUCAGUGGCGUGUACUUCGUUUUAAUGAGAAUACUCGCCAAAGCACAGCUAAAAUUAUGACCGCUUACAGAACUUCAGACCCUUCAUCGCUAUUUCUGAUGCAGCAGCCACAUUGUUUGGCUGUACCAUAUCUAAAAAGCAUGGUAUCAACUGGUUUGACUGCAUUGGCUUCUUCCGGUUAUGAUCUUUCUGGAGCAGUUACAGGGAAAAGAAGCAUGAAGAUAUUAUGUGUUGGCCAUGGUGGUGGAAGUCUACCAUUAUUUUUGGCCAGUAAAAUUAAAGGUGCUUCUGUCCACAUUGUGGAGAUAGAUCCAGUUGUUGUCAUGGCUUCUGUUCAGGCAAUGGGCUUCCCUGCCUCUGCUGUAAAAGAAACAUCAGAUAAGUUAUCCUUUGAUCAAUCUUCUUAUGCAGACGAAGUAUUGUGGGAACACAUGCAUGAGCGGCUGUUCCUUCACAGAUCAGAUGCAGAGGACUUUGUACUCAACAGCCAUGACAUCUAUGAUUUGGUGUUCAUUGAUGCUUAUGAUGGUGAUGAUAUUUUUCCACACAAGCUGUGGGAUCGACAAGGGCCAUUCCUUGAAUCUCUUCGAAGCAAAGUUCAUCCAGUCCAUGGUACUGUUGUCGUCAAUCUCCAUUCUGAUUCUGAAGUGUUGAGCAUGGAUAUGAAGGAUUACUCUCUGUGCCAAAGCAUACUGCCCAUGAGUAGGUAUAUUUCACAGGUCCGCAAGGCUUAUGAGGAGCAUUUCGGCUUAGCAUAUUUUUUUUCAGUUCCUUGGCUAUGUAAUAUUACUCUUGUUGCAUGCAGUGGAAUGGGUUUAGGCAUUAAUGGCAGAGAAUUAGACAAAAAUCUCGUUCUAAGUGCUCUUAUUUCCAAAUGCUUUCUGGUAGAGUUCGUCCUGGGCUUGCCAUUUCCUUGUUUACCAUACAUUAAGAGAGGAUUUAUGUCGUUAGACUAAUUAGCCUGCAUGUAAGAAUUUUGUUGUUUUUCCUUGCUCCGUAGUUUCAGGGCAGUGAAGUUGAAUAGUGAAUUCAUGUGAAUUGCCUAAUGACUUAUUAGAUA